CAAAGGGUUGAGGAUGGCCUCCUCCUGGACCCUGCUGGGCCUGAACCUGAGCCGGACCCUGCUGCUGCUCUCUCUGCUCUUACCACCCAGGGCCCCCACCGGAGUUGGGGCCAGGAAGGUGGUUGUGCAGACGCUCACUGAGUUGCAUGGCUUCCUGGGUGACACCGUGACCCUGCCUUGUCACCUGCAAUCUUUGGACUCUGAAACCACGAGGGUGACUCAGAUAAGGUGGACAUGGCUGGAACCACUGGGGGACCCCAGCAUUGUGGCUGAAUUCCACUGGGAACGGGGCCCCAGCAUCCCAGAGCCCGACCGUGUGGAAUUCAAGGCCGCGAGGUUGGGUGCGGACCUGCUGGAUGCCUCGCUGAUCAUUCGUGAGCUGAGCCCUGGGGACGAAGCCAACUACACCUGUGAGAUCUACAUCAGCACGUCCCAGAAGGGGAGCGCAGGAACCUGGCUCCGGGUGUUCUGUGAGUGUGAGGGGGCGGGGCUUCCCGGAGGGGUGUGGUCGAAGUCUGGGGUCCUGGAAGAGCGGGGCUAG